CUGAGAACCCAAAGUCCUCUCUCAAUCUCUUCACCCUUUCUUUUUUCUUUUUAAUUUAUUUUUCUAGCUCAUAUUUCCAUCAAAUCACACCACUUGUGACUAAGAGAGUUAAGAGAGCGUAACAGAAAAGAGAGAGGGUAAGAGAUAUGGCAGGCAUUGCAACUGCUGCUUGUCCUUCAGGUUUGCUGUUUAGAAACAGAGAAGUAGGAAGCAAUAAUGGAGCUUCUCUGGCUCAGUACAACGGGCUUAGAGCUGUGGAGAGCGUGCAAUUAGCUUUAACUUGCACUAAACCCAACAGGUUCAUUUCUAGUUCAGCUCCAAAAGGCAGAACAAUCAGGGCUGUGGCGUCGCCAACAGUCUCAGCUCCCAAAAGAGAAAAAGAUCCCAAAAAACGAAUAGUUAUAACAGGAAUGGGGCUUGUCUCGGUUUUUGGCAGUGAUAUUGAUAACUUCUAUAACAAACUUCUUGAGGGAGAGAGUGGUAUAUCCGAAAUUGAUAGGUUUGAUGCUUCGACUUAUUCUGUUCGGUUUGGGGGUCAAAUUCGUGAUUUUUCUUCCAAAGGCUACAUUGAUGGGAAGAGUGAUCGCCGUCUUGACGAUUGCUGGAGGUACUGCUUAGUUGCUGGAAAAAGGGCCCUCGAGGAUGCCAACCUUGGUUCUCAAGUCCUUGAGAAAAUGGACAGAACUAGAGUUGGGGUGCUGGUGGGUACAGGCAUGGGAGGCCUGACAGUUUUCAGCAAUGGAGUGGAAGCUCUUAUUCAAAAAGGAUACAAGAAGAUCACUCCGUUUUUUAUCCCUUAUUCUAUCACCAACAUGGGAUCCGCAUUAUUGGCUAUAGACACUGGCCUAAUGGGACCUAAUUAUUCCAUUUCAACUGCUUGUGCAACUGCAAAUUACUGCUUUUACGCAGCUGCAAAUCACAUCCGAAGAGGCGAAGCUGACAUCAUGGUUGCUGGUGGGACUGAGGCCGCUAUCAUUCCAACUGGGAUUGGUGGGUUUAUAGCUUGUCGGGCAUUAUCUCAGAGAAAUAAUGAACCCAAGAAGGCUUCAAGACCCUGGGACAAAGAUCGUGAUGGUUUUGUUAUGGGAGAAGGCUCUGGUGUACUGAUUAUGGAGAGCUUGGAGCAUGCUAUGAAAAGAGGAGCUAACAUUAUUGCAGAAUACUUGGGAGGUGCUGUAACUUGCGAUGCUCAUCAUAUGACCGACCCACGUUCUGAUGGUCUUGGAGUUUCAUCUUGCAUAACCAAAAGUUUAGAUGACGCUGGAGUUUCCCCUGAAGAGGUGAACUAUGUUAAUGCUCAUGCAACAUCAACGCUGGCGGGAGAUUUGGCUGAGGUUAAUGCAAUCAAAAAGGUCUUUAAGGACACUUCUGAGAUAAAGAUGAAUGGGACAAAGUCAAUGAUUGGACAUGGCCUUGGAGCUGCUGGUGGAUUGGAAGCCAUAGCAACCAUAAAAGCAAUCACAACCGGCUGGCUGCAUCCUACGAUUAAUCAAGACAACUUGGAGCCUGAUGUAACCAUUGAUACGGUUCCCAACGUGAAGAAACAGCAUAAAGUCAAUGUUGCUAUUUCUAAUUCAUUUGGCUUUGGUGGACACAACUCUGUGGUGGUUUUUGCUCCCUUCAAACCAUAAAGGAACUUAGUUUUUUUUUUUUUGUUUCAACUCUCCCUUCCCUUUAAAUAUCAUUGAUUUUCGGAUACUUGAACUUCCUUCCACAAGAUUAGGUGAGGAUCAGAAACAUUUUCUGAGAGGAACUUGAAGAUAUUGCAGGCCGUUUGAUGUUAAUCUUGUAACUGCAGUCCACGAUAAUGGAUUCUGUACUUUUUUGCAUGAAUAAAAUAUGCAACUACAUGUUGAUGGACUCAUUCCUAUGCUGCUUAGACUAAAGUUGUAUUUAAAAUUUCUGUUUUGCGUUUUAAAUAUGAAGCAAUUGACUGAAAUCUUUUGUAUUCUUUCAGGAAAAGAUACUAUUUAAUUC